GUGCUAUUCACCAAAUCAAUAAACUUAGAGAGAGAAAGUGUUAAAAACUUAAAGUAGUUGAAACAUGGCUGAUGAGAAGAAAACAAUUGAAGUGGUAAGUGAUAAGUAUAGAAAGUUUUUGCAUGAAGAUCAAGCUGCUGCAGGAAUGAUCCAUUGGAGACAUGGUGGCCCUCCAAUUUAUGACAAAGUUAAUAAGCUCUUUGAACAAGGAAGGACCAAGGUAUGGCCAGAAGGGUCUCUGGAAGAAACGGUACAGAAUGCUAUAAAGUCAUGGGAAAUGGAGCUGUCACACAAGACCUGCCUAAAAGAUUUUAGGACAAUCAACCCUGAAAAAUUCAAGCUCUUUGUUAAUGGAAGAGAAGGAUUAUCAGCAGAAGAGACACUACAAGUUGGAAGUUACAAUGCAUUAUUAAAGAGUUCAGUGCUCGAUGAAUUCAAAUAUUACAAAGCUGAUCAAGAGACUUUUGAAUCGUCUCAUAUUGCUUUUCAAUCAGCUUUUCCGAGAGGAUUUGCUUGGGAAGUGAUCAACGUAUAUACAGGGCCACCAGUUGUGACAUACAAAUUUAGGCAUUGGGGUUUCUUUGAAGGGCCAUUUAAAGGACAUGCCCCUACUGGAGAGAUGGUCCAGUUCUACGGCGUUGGUAUAAUGAAGGUUGAUGAAUCACUAAGAGCUGAGGAUGUAGAGAUAUAUUAUGAUCCAGCAGAACUUUUUGCUGGACUACUUAAGGGACCAACAAUUUCUAAAGCUAACAUUGAACAUCAGAGCCAUGAUGACAAUACCACCACUCAACAUUGCCCAUACAGCCAUAACUAGUUAUGUCAAAUUUUAAUUCUGCUAUCAACUUUUGGUGCUUCCCAAAUGGUCGUGUUUUGAUAAAUUUUAUGUAACUUUUCAUGUUUUUCAAUCAUUAUACGUUCUCUAUUUA